AUGAAGAAAUGUGAUAAUGAUAGAAUAGCUUAAUAAAUCUAUGCUAGCUAGAUGUUAAAGUUGUAAGGUAAAAUAUUAGAAAAGAAAUUGGCCAAAAAUAGUUCCAAGAAUUAAAUAGAAACCUAAUCUUAAAAUAUUUCUAAUAACAAUAGUCCUGCCGUUGGAAGAUAAAAGUCAUAUGAGAACCUUUAAAAAGUCAACAAAACCUUUAUUAAUUAACCGCCUUCAUAGUAGAAGUUGGGAAGUAUUUUGAAUGUAAUCAGUGGUUCAUAACAAAUGCACAAAUAAUCAAAGUAUUCCAUCAACAACGAAUUGAUUGAAACAGUCAAAAUAUCGAAUUAAUUACGCAAAAAUUAAUCGAUGAUACAUAUUGAUUAAUAGUCUCCUGCUCUAACUAAAAAUUAUUCAUUUCAUCAUUCAGUUAAAAAUAAAAUCAAUAGCAACAGUGUAUCCAGUGACUAGUCUUAAAUUCAAAAAGUUAAGGAAAAAAUUAAAUUUUUAUUAUAAGAAAGGGAUUAAAAUUUACCUUAAGAUGCUAAAGAAUUGACUUUUAUGACCUAAUUCAAUUAAAUUUUAAACUAAUUAGUAGUAACCUUGUUUCAAGAAUCUAAUUUGUAAAACUCAUAACCAUAGUUAAAUUUGCCAUAUUCAAGUUAAGAUACAUUCUAAGCCAUUUAGAUUGAUCAUUUUUUUAAAAGAUAAAUUUAAAUAUUGUAAUAAUCCUAUCAGUUACAAUAAGAGAAAAAGAAAUUGGAAAAUGCAUUAUUACAAGUAAAAAAGAAGUGUGAAGCAUUAAUGUAGGAAAACGAAUAACUAAAUGUCAAUUCAAUUUAAUAAAAUGAUUUAAUAGGGUAAAUGAAAUAAUAAAUUGAAGAUUUAAUAAAUAACAAAGAAAACAUGCAAUUACAAUCAGGUAUCCUAAUAAAAUUAAAAUAGAAACACAAGAAUUGAAGUAUCUCAUAUAAGGAUAAUUCUAAGCAAUCUAGAAGUUAUUAUAAAGGGAACAAUUAAUGAAAGUGUUUUUAAAAAGAGUUGGAGACAGUUCAAUUAUAGAGUAAGAAUAACUUAAAAAUAUCAAUAGAAUGUUUGAACAAUUCAUAUCUAAUGCUGAAAAUAUCAAUCCUGAUGAUACAGAUGGAAAUUUGAAUAUUGAUAUGUUACCAUAACAGAAAUAGAAGAAUUCAUACAAGAAUGUCUAAUAAAAAGAGUAGUUACAAAUAACAGAUAAGAUUAUUCAAUAAUACGAGAAAAGUUAUAAACAAUUAGAUUUAUGUGAUUCUCUUUUGGCUGACGAUUCAAGUACUUGAUCAUUUAGUAUAAACUAAGGAGUGAAUGAUUCAGAAGAGAGUAGUUUUGGAUACAUGGGAAAGGAAUAAGCAACAGAAGUUAGUUGUUACUUUACAUAAGCAUAGUAUGCAAUCUUAAUUAAGAUUAUUUUAGGCAAUUCUAAGAAUAACCAUAUAUGAAGAAAGUGAAAUAAUCCAAUAUUAAGGAUAAAUUGAAGAUCAAAAUGAUGGAUAUCCAAUUGGCAUAAGCAGCGUAUCUAAAUCUAUUUAAUAGAAUAGUUAACGAUAAGAGUUUAUGAAAUAAGAGUAAGAAUAAGUAAAUGAAAAGAUUUUACCUGAUGAUAUCAAUAGUGAAGAUGUACUUAAUAUUGUUAUUCAUAGUUUUGA